ACGCGUUCCCUCGUCUGCUCGCAUCCAGCCAGCCGCCUCCUUCGACGGCCGUGCGCGGUUUUCACACCUCCCUCGCGCCCGCGGUGCUGAUCUCGAGGCCCAACCAGAGGCCGAGGGCUCUCGCCGCGCGCAGGGAAGGGGACUAGGACCAGACAACCUAGCCAUGGGCUUCCAGGUUGCGGCCGUCGUGCCGUCGCCGUGCGCGCCCUCGACCUCCUCGCGGUCCCCGUUCCUUGGCGGCAGGCUCAUGAGAUCCUGGGCGCCCGGCGGUCUUGUGUCUCGCCGGCGUGGCGAGGGGCGGCCCGCGGGCGCGAGGUGCGCGCUGAGUGCCAGCAUAGAUGGCGUGGGCGGCGGGGACAUGGAGUUCUUGAAGCGGAUCGAGGAGCUGGCGGCGUCGGCGGGGGUGCGGACGGCGGGGUGCGGGUGGCCGCCGAGCCUAGAGCGGAGCGCGAGCGGCGUCGGGCUGCCCCUGUCUCUUCGGAUGCUGAAGCGGAAGAAGCAGCAGCGGCGGCAGCAGCAGGUGCCGCAGCCGUUGCGGUGGGACGGGCGGCUCCGCCUGGGCUCCGCCGGCGAGUCGGUGGGCCGCGCCUUCUCCUCCAUGGUGCUCAUCGUGCGGGAGCUGCAGAGCUUCGCGCUGCAGCAGAUGCUCUGCGACGACCUGCAGGCCGUCCUGGCGCGCGCCCACGGCGAGAUGCAGGACUCGUUCGUCUGGCUCUUCCAGCACAUCUUCGCCGGCACCCCGGCGCUCAUGCUCUCCCUCAUGCUCCUCCUCGCCAACUUCACCGUCCACUCCAUGAGCAACAGCGUCGCCGCCGCCGCCGCGGCUGCCGCAGUGGUCGACGCCCAGCACACCGAGCCGUCCAACCCGCGGUUCGACGCGGCUUCGGUCAAGACGUUCUCUGCUGGCCGGACCGCCUCGGUCGGUGGGGGCAGCGGGAGUGGUGGCGAUGUCCGGCCCGUCGCGGGCGCUUCCGGCGACGACCGGUGGGACGAAUCCCGCUACAGUCUGAGCCGCGUCGCGCCACAGCAACUAACGCCGCUGGCGGGGACGGGCGCGGAGAAUGUCGUGCCCGACGCCGGCGCCGUGGACGAGCAGGCCAUCUGGGAAAAGAUGGUCGCGGAGGCCUCGAGCAUGCAGGCCGACGCGCGCGCCGACGAGCUGACGGACCCGGGCGUGCUGGGGAACCUGGUCGCGCCGGUGGAGGCGGAGAUCGAGACGGAGGACGCCGGCGGCGAGUACGCGCGGACGGAGCAGCGGUACGAGCUGGCCGUGUCCGAGGAGCCCAACAACUCGCUCAUCCUCGCCAACUUCGCCCAAUUCCUCUACAUCACGCGCAAGGACCACAAGCGGGCGGAGCACUACUUCGAGCGGGCGGUGCGGGCGGAGCCGGCGGACGCGGAGGCGCUGAGCCGGUACGCGACGUUCCUGUGGAGGGCGCGGGACGACGCCGAGGCGGCGGAGGAGACGUUCCAGCAGGCCAUCGCGGCCGACCCCGGCAACGCGCACUACGCCGCCGCCUACGCGCAUUUCCUCUGGAACACCGGCGGCGAGGACACGUGCUUCCCCCUCGACUGACGCCCGUGUUCUUGCGCCGCCCGCGGUGGAUGCCGGCGCGAGGCGAGACGCCGAGAGCACGGCACCAUGGCCGGACUAGUGGGCGGUGGAUUGGAGCUGGGCUAACACAUGAUGAUCCGUUUACUUAGUAGAUUGAGUAGGAGCGUUCAGGGGGCGGUGUGGCGGUGAUCCGGGAGUCCGUGGCGCCGUGUUUCCCGUCCCGGGAAUACGGCGACCGGAGCUUUUGGCCGGGCAGACGUGAGGGCGAAGUCCCGAUGAGCUUGCCGGUCAUCUCCCUGGCAUGCAAUGGGUGGCUGUAGGCUGGCGGUGGCGCAGUGGGGAGGAAGAAGGGUGAGUGGUGGUGGCAUGGAUGUUUGGAUAUGUUGUGUGUAGCAACUUGCGUCCGGUAAUUAUGGUGUGUAGUAUAUGAGCAAAAGAACAAGUGAAUAAUAAGAAGGUGAUGGUGAUCGCGGUGCAA